AACACAAAAUUGAAACAUGGAGAGAAAUCUAUCUUCAGUACUCUGUAAACAGACUGAUCAGCAUCACACCUGAGUCCAGUCUUUUUGAUGCCAUCUACUCCCUGUUAAAGAAUAAAAUCCAUCGGCUGCCGGUGAUUGACCCAGUGUCAGGAAAUGUCCUCCACAUACUAACUCACAAGCGCAUUCUGAAGUUCCUCCACAUUUUUGGAUCCAUGAUUCCCAAACCAAGGUUUCUGCAAAAGAAAAUAUGCGAGGUGCCAAUUGGCACCUUUAAACAGAUUGCAACAAUACAGGAAUCUGCUUCUGUCUACGAAGCUUUGACAAUGUUUGUGGAGAGACGAGUGUCAGCACUGCCUGUGGUCAAUGAGCAAGGCAAAGUGGUGGCUCUAUACUCCAGGUUUGAUGUCAUUAACCUUGCUGCACAGAAAAACUACAAUAAUCUAAACAUGACAAUGCAGGAGGCCAUUGCUUCCAGAUUCUGCUGGAUGGAGGGAGUACUCAAGUGUUACCCCCACGAAACGCUGGAGACCAUCAUUGAUCGUGUUGCAAAUGCCGAGGUGCAUAGGCUGGUUUUGGUGGACAGUGAUGAUGUGGUGAGAGGGAUUGUCUCUCUGUCAGACAUUCUACAAGCCCUGGUUCUCUCGCCAGCAGGUAUUGAUGCUCUGAAUUACUGAGAAGCCUCACAUUCAUCUCCCUCACUCCUCUGCCUACCCACGUAUCCCCCUGCUGUCUUCCAACCAGUGAAGAUUUUUCAUUUCUUCUGACAAAAUUCUCCGUGCUCUUUUUACCAACAAGUGUCAUCAUCUAAAUCCUGGGAAUUUCUGCAAAAAAAUUUCUAAUGCUUUAAGUUUUUCUCAGAGAUUUCUGCCAAGAAUUAUUGUCCUCGUUACUGACUGAUCAACGAAAGUUGCUGCUCCUCAACAAACAUCUUUUCUUAAACCUUCUGCUUCAGCACUUUGACAGGCCUUUACUUGGAACCUGAGUUUUCCGUCAACAUUAAAUUAAUUUCUUUAGCAAAUACUUUAUGUUCGCUCAACCAAGGUUUUUUGUUAAAGCACCUGUGUCUUUUCUUUAAACCUUAAAGCAAAUUGUUUGAACCUGUCUAAAUUAUAUUAUUACAUUAUAUAUUAUAUUAGUUUUAUAAUGUCACCUCCACUGACCAUAAAGGUUCCCGAAAAGGCCUCAAAAAGGCCCACGGACCACCAGUUGAUAAUCACUGUUGUAGCUUGUUUUGUAGCUCCGAACACAUUUUGUUAGUGAGACAAAGAGCACAAAUGGCUCUUUUGAUCAUAAAGGUUGCAGACCCCUGCUGUAGGAGAACCAGUUUGCUGGUCCUAAAUAAGUGCUACCUUUUUAAUGAUGUGAUUUUUUUUUCUUAUCUUGUUUUAUGUAUUGUCCUAAUGGUGCAAUGUUUUAUUCUUUUUAAACUGCAUUUUUUUAAAUACUGCAAAAGGCCCAUCUGGGGAAAUAUAUUGCAAAUUAGUCUCAGCUAUAAAUGUUAUGCUGAAAGGUAUUUGAAAAUGCUCAACACUUGUCCAUCACAUUGUAAAUAAAUGUGACCCAUCACAUCGAAACGAGGAUUAAGUCCAAACGUGGUAUAAGGAGAAAUAGGCAAAAA